AUUAACGGUUUGCUUAUGAGCGAAUGUAACACAAAUGUAUGAACUUUUCAUUUGCGUUUGUAGCGUGAGAUUAUCAAUAAAACUUUGUGAAAUUGAGUGAUUUAAGAUGAGUAUCAAUAGAAAGCUAAAACCGAGUGCCAAACCGGACGUUAGUAGAGAUUUACAAUUUGAUGCAUAAACCAAAACGAACCUAACCGUUUUUAGAGCCAUUUGCUCGUGUAGUUCACUUGUAUGUCAGGCAGGCAUCGUCAGUACGGAAGAUCUGAGUCAUAUAGCAAGCAGUCAGUGUGUGUAUAUUCCAUUAUAAAUAGUUUAUAAAUAAAAUCUAUAAAAUUGUUGGUUAUAUUCGACAUGAGUCGUGUUGAUUUGCUGUAGAUUCAAAAGAAAGAUAAUUUUGUAAACAAAUCAUGCACUCAUCUUUAUUUUAUUUCGUGUUUUUAGUUAAUAUAUAAAUAAUGAAGAAAGUGGGUAAUUUCUAAAUUAUUAUAAAUAGGAGGAGCUAGGCUGAAUGAGAGAGACAGAGAAGGGAAACAAAAACCGUACGUUGGUUUUUGAGUUGCAGAGUGUGUGAGAGAGUGAAGGAGGAGAAGAGAGAAAGGUUAACCUCUCUUCCGUCUUUAGAGAGAAAGAGAAAAAAAAAAAGAAAAAGAGGGGGCAGCCUCUCCUUUUCCUUCCACAUUUUCGAUCUCUUUCUCUCCCACCGCUCCUUCCUCUUCUCACAUCGACGAUCAACGCUUUUUCUUUUCCUUUUUUUUUCUUUCUCGAAACGCGUUUCUUUCUUCGUGUUGAUCAUGAACGAGCCUCCCGCGUCCAGUAUCGAGGAUUUCUUCAUCAACAGUUAAAAAAAAAGCUUGUCUUUUACAUAUUGAAGAAAUGGCUCGUCGUCAUAGAAUUAGGUCAAGAAUCAGGAAAAGCCAUUUCUACACCUUCAGAUGCCUUAGACCCAAAACUCUCGACGAUCAAGGCCCUCACGUCAUCAACGGACCAGGCUACACUCGCAUCGUCCACUGCAACCAGCCUCAUCUCCACCUCCUCACCAAGCUCCUUAGGUACCGAUCAAACUACGUAUCCACCACCAGGUACAACAUGCUCACAUUCUUGCCCAAAUGCUUGUACGAGCAGUUCCACCGCGUCGCCAACUUCUACUUCCUCGUCGCUGCCAUCCUCUCCGUCUUCCCUCUCUCCCCUUUCAACAAAUGGAGCAUGAUCGCUCCUCUUGUCUUCGUCGUUGGGCUUAGUAUGGGUAAAGAGGCCCUGGAGGAUUGGCGCAGGUUUAUGCAGGACGUUGGGGUAAACUCCAGAAAAUCUAGCGUUCACAAAGGAAAUGGUGAAUUUGGUCGCAGGACGUGGAAGAAACUCCGCGUAGGAGAUGUGGUGAGAGUUGAGAAAGAUGAGUUUUUCCCAGCUGAUUUGUUCUUGUUGUCGUCUAGCUACGAGGACGGGAUCUGUUACGUGGAGACGAUGAACUUAGAUGGAGAGACUAACUUGAAAGUUAAGAGAUGUUUGGACGUUACUUUGGCUUUCGAGAAAGAUGAAUCUUUUCAGAGUUUCUCCGGAACGAUCAAAUGCGAAGAUCCGAAUCCUAACUUGUAUACAUUCGUUGGGAAUCUAGAGUGUGAUGGACAGGUUUAUCCGCUAGAUCCUAACCAGAUUCUCUUGAGAGAUUCUAAGCUGAGGAACACGAGCUAUAUCUACGGUGUUGUGGUCUUCACCGGUCAUGAUACAAAGGUUAUGCAGAACUCUACAAAGUCUCCUUCCAAGAGAAGCAGCAUUGAGAAGACAAUGGACUAUAUAAUAUACACUCUCUUUGGACUUCUUUUGUUCGUCUCCGUCAUCAGCUCUCUAGGAUUUGCCGUGAUGACGAAACUCGUGAUGGCGGAUUGGUGGUACUUGCGACCAGACAGGCCUGAGAGCUUAACGAACCCAAGGAAUCCUUUGUACGCUUGGGUUGUCCAUCUGAUCACUGCUCUCUUGCUUUACGGCUACUUGAUUCCCAUCUCGCUCUACGUCUCCAUCGAGUUGGUGAAAGUACUGCAAGCGACUUUCAUCAACCACGACUUGCAGAUGUAUGAUAGCGAGAGCGGGACUCCAGCUGAGGCGCGCACGUCCAAUUUAAACGAAGAGCUGGGACAAGUUGACACCAUCCUUUCUGAUAAAACGGGAACGCUGACGUGUAACCAGAUGGACUUUCUUAAAUGCUCGAUUGCUGGUACUUCUUACGGUGUCCGUGCCAGCGAAGUAGAGCUAGCUGCUGCAAAGCAGAUGGAGAUGGAUCUCGAGGAUGAUGACAUUACAAACCUUCCUAUGAGUAAAGGCAGGACACAACGCUACACGAAGCUUGCCAGCAAGACGUCGUCGGAUUUUGAGCUGGAGACUGUAAUCACUGCUAGCGACGAGAAGGAUCAGAAGAAGACCAGUGGUAUCAAGGGGUUUAGUUUUGAGGAUAAGCGUCUAAUGGAUGACAACUGGGUGAAUGAGCCUAAUUCAGAUGACGUUUUGAUGUUUUUCCGUAUACUGGCGGUUUGUCAUACUGCUAUUCCUGAGGUGGAUGAAGAUACUGGGAAGUGUACUUAUGAAGCUGAGUCUCCUGAUGAAGUUGCUUUCCUUGUUGCUUCUAGGGAGUUUGGUUUUGAGUUCACUAAGAGAACUCAGUCAAGUGUUUUUAUAGCUGAACGGUUCUCACCUUCAGGCCACCCAGUUGAUAGAGAAUACAAAGUAUUAAAUCUAUUAGACUUUACUAGCAAAAGAAAAAGAAUGUCUGCCAUUAUCCGAGAUGAGGAAGGGCAGAUUCUUCUACUCUGUAAAGGCGCUGACAGCAUCAUAUUUGACCGGUUAUCAAAGAAAGGAAAAGAUUACCUGGGAGCUACUUCAAAGCACUUGAAUGAAUAUGGUGAAGCUGGUUUGCGUACAUUGGCACUCGGUUAUAGAAAGCUGGAUGAAGCUGAGUAUGCGGCAUGGAACAGUGAAUUUCACAAAGCUAAAACUUCAGUAGGAGCUGAUAGAGAUGAAUUGCUGGAGAAGGUAUCAGAUAUGAUGGAAAAGGAAUUGAUCCUUGUUGGAGCUACUGCUGUAGAGGACAAACUUCAAAAAGGGGUGCCUCAAUGCAUAGAUAAUCUUGCCCAAGCUGGUCUUAAGAUAUGGGUUUUGACUGGAGAUAAGAUGGAGACAGCAAUAAACAUAGGAUAUGCCUGCAGCUUACUCCGACAGGGUAUGAAGCAGAUAGCCAUUUCAUUUACCAAUGUAGAGGAGUCUUCACAGAACUCUGAAGCUGCUGUAAAGCAGAACAUAUUAAUGCAGAUCACAAAUGCCUCACAGAUGAUCAAAAUAGAAAAGGAUCCACAUGCAGCGUUUGCCUUGAUCAUUGAUGGGAAGACACUUACCUAUGCUUUGAAGGAUGAUGUCAAGUAUCAGUUUCUUGCACUUGCAGUUGCCUGUGCAUCCGUAAUUUGCUGUCGCGUGUCUCCUAAACAAAAAGCACUUGUAACAAGGCUAGCUAAAGAAGGAACAGGGAAGACAACUUUAGCAAUCGGUGAUGGUGCAAAUGAUGUUGGGAUGAUUCAAGAAGCUCAUAUUGGUGUCGGCAUCAGUGGCGUUGAAGGCAUGCAGGCUGUAAUGGCAAGUGACUUCUCCAUAGCCCAGUUUCGGUUUCUGGAGAGACUACUUGUUGUCCAUGGACAUUGGUGUUACAAGAGAAUAGCCCAAAUGAUUUGUUAUUUCUUCUACAAGAACAUAGCGUUUGGCCUUACUCUCUUCUACUUCGAAGCCUUCACCGGGUUUUCUGGUCAAUCAAUAUUCAACGACUCCUACUUAUUACUCUUCAACGUUGUCCUAACCUCUCUCCCUGUCAUUUCUCUCGGAGUUUUUGAACAAGAUGUUCCUUCUGAUGUCUGCUUACAGUUUCCUGCAUUGUAUCAACAAGGCCCCAAGAACCUAUUCUUCGACUGGUACAGAAUCCUCGGAUGGAUGGGAAAUGGAGUUUACGCAUCCAUAGUCAUCUUCACACUCAACCUCGGAAUCUUCCACGUCCAAUCAUUCCGCUCUGAUGGCCAAACCGCAGACAUGAACGCCAUGGGAACGGCCAUGUUCACUUGCAUCAUUUGGGCAGUAAACGUUCAAAUCGCUCUAACCAUGAGCCACUUCACUUGGAUCCAACACGUGAUGAUUUGGGGAAGCAUAGGAGCUUGGUACAUCUUCCUCGCCCUUUACGGCAUGUUACCACCCAAACUCUCUGGCAACAUCUUCCACAUGCUCAUCGAGGUUCUAGCGCCUGCACCGAUCUUCUGGCUCACCAACCUCCUGGUCAUAGCGGCCACAACACUCCCUUACUUGUUUCACAUCUCGUACCAAAGAUCAGUGAACCCUCUCGACCAUCAUAUUAUACAAGAGAUCAAGCAUUUCAGGAUCGAUUUGGAGGAUGAGAGAAUGUGGAAACGAGAGAAGUCAAAGGCUAGAGAGAAGACAAAGAUUGGUUUCACGGCUAGGGUCGAUGCUAAGAUAAGACAGCUAAGAGUCAAGCUUCACAGGAAACAUUCGGUUUUGAGUGUCAUCAGUGGGACUUCUUCUAAUGAUACAGCUUCAAACAUGAUUUGAUACCCAAGUAAGUUUUGUUUUAACUCAUUGUUUUCUAUGAGUGGGUUUCAAAAUAGAUGAAAAUAUAUAAAAAAAAAUUAUACUCUUUGUUUUCUCACUAUUCAAAUCGUUUAUAUGAUUUAGAACAAUUAGAAAAGAAUUGUACUGUGUUUGUGUAUGCGUACACUAAUAUCCUAAUGGAAAAAAAGAGACGUGAUUACUGAUUUAAUAAUCUAUUUUUAUUGUUUGUGUAUACUGUACUUUGUUUUUUAAACGAGCCCAUAUAUAAUAAUUAUAUAUCCACUAAAAGCUUAAUCGACGCCUAUUACGAAAAACUUUGUGUAUCAGACGAGAAAAUAAAUAAAUAUUGCAUGAGACUAAGAAGAAACAUGUUCAGAUGAGACAUAUAUGUUCGAAAAUGAGACGAGAGGUAUCGAUGAGUAGAGAGAGAGAGAGAGAAACAGACAAAGAUGGGUCAAAAAUCAAAAUAAGAAGCU